AGCGCCACAAAAAAUCCAGAACUUCAGAGUGAAUUCAUUCUUCAUUCUAUGGCUGACAGAUUGGAGGAGAAAUAGUGAUCUGUUCAUGGCUUCCUCAUUCCCAAAUCCUUCCUUCGGCCAUUGCUCCUUCGUAGCACCAUCCAAUCCAUCCUCAUCUACGCACUUCCCCUUAUCUUUUCCGCGCCCUUCUUCCCUCGCUGCCUUCCCUCCAAUUUCAUCCACCAAAAAUGGGUCCGUUUCGAAAAUUCGUGCCAAGUUCGAGAAAUUUCAAGGCGAGAUUCCCCAGGAUGAUACACAAGAACCCAAUCCGUCAAUGUCGUUGCAACAACAAGAACAACAGCCUUCUGUGAGUCAAGAGGUUGAAGAAGAUGACAGCUGCUUGCCUUCAGACUUGGAGGGAGCAGUCAGGCAAUCUGGUGAAGCUGCUGGUUUGUUUGUGUCUUCAGGAGGACUAAGAGCAAUAGUUGAGCUCCUUAUCCCCCAGCUACAGUUUCUGGACGAUGAAGGUGCUCAAGCUGAACUCUGGGAACUGUCCAGAGUUUUCUUGGAGUCAGUCAUUGAGGAAACAAAAUGUGAGAAAGUUAAAGCUGUGUUUCCAGAUGCUGGGGCCGCUGCACUUCUUGAAUAUCGAUGGAAAGAUGCUUCCUUCAAAAUUUCCAGCUUAAGCGACCGAAAACCUGUAGAUACUGCAGAUGAGAUAGUUGUCAUGGUUGUUCCUGAUUACCAAAUGUUGGAAAAUGUGGAGAAAAUAGCAGCUGCCCUCUCGGAUGAUCCGCCAAGGCCUCUUAUCAUGUGGAAUCCCCGUCUCAUCAGCGAAGAUGUAGGGGUCGGAUUUAACGUUCGAAAAUUGAGAAGAUACUUUUUAAGCACAUUUACAACAGUCUACUCCAUGAGGCCUUUGCCAUCUGGUGCUGUAUUUAGAGCUUAUCCUGGGUUGUGGAAAGUGUUCUUUGAUGAUAAAGAUAGGCCAGGCAGAUAUUUGCUUGCCAAAGAAUUAAUAAGCCGUCCGGAUGCUGGAGACCUCGAGAUAAUAUUUGGAAAUGUAGCAGAGUCAAACGACCCGUCAUUUUUCGACAAAGCAGCUGGAGUUCUCUCUUCCGUAACCCGAUUCAUGAAAGCAAUUUCAAUGUUGUCCAAAGAGAAGAAGAUCAAAGGCGAAGUGGUUUUGAUGAAAAGCAAUGUUUUGGACUUCAACGAUUUUAAUGCUUCUUUUCUCGAUCGUCUUCACGAAUUUCUUGGCCAACGAGUUUCUCUCCAACUUGUUAGUGCUGUUCAUGGCGAUCACAGCAAUGGGUCGAGGGGUAUAUUGGGAAAGACAGCUUAUUUGGAGGAUUGGAUCACUACAAUAACUCCAUUAACGGCUGGGGAAGCUACCUUCAAUGUUACAUUUGAUUGGGAUGAAGAAGAGAUGGGAAUUCCUGGUGCUUUCUUCAUUACAAAUCAUCAUCAUACCGAAUUCUAUCUUAAAUCUCUAACACUUCGACACGUUCCCGGCUAUGGAAGAAUCUAUUUCCUUUGUAAUUCUUGGGUUUACCCUUUUCGUACCAGCAAAAAAGAUCGGGUUUUCUUCGUUAACCAGACCUAUCUUCCAAGCGAAACACCAGAGCCGCUUCGUAAGUUGAGAGAAGACGAGUUGCAGAGCUUGAGAGGAGAUGGCAAUGGCGAACUCCAAGAAUGGGAUAGGGUUUAUGAUUAUGCUCUCUAUAACGACCUUGCUGAUCCAGAUAAAGGUUCAGAAUACGCUCGUCCCGUCCUUGGCGGCUCGACCAACUAUCCUUACCCUCGGAGAGGAAGAACCGGACGACCGCCGACUAAAUCUGAUCCGGAAACUGAGAGCAGAAUACCACUUGUUCAGAGCUUAAACAUUUACGUUCCGAGAGAUGAGAGAUUUGGUCACGUGAAGUUAUCCGAUUUUCUUGCUUAUGCGUUGAAGACAGUAUCGCAGUUUAUCAAACCUGGCCUCGAAGAAUACUUUGAUGCCACUCCGGGUGAGUUCGACAGCUUUCAGGACGUUCUUGAUCUCUAUGAAGGAGGAUUUCGAGUGCCGGAUGGUUUGUUUAAGGUUAUCAGGGAAAACAUUGCGGCUCCGUUGAUCAAGGAAAUUUUUAGAACUGAUGGUGAAGGGCUCUUCAAAUUCCCUAUGCCUCAAGUGAUUAAAGAGGAUAGAUCUGCAUGGAGGACCGAUGAAGAAUUUGGUAGAGAAAUGCUGGCCGGAGUGAAUCCUGUAGUCAUUCGUCGUCUCCAAGUGUUUCCACCAACGAGCAAGCUUGACCCUGAAGUUUAUGGUGAUCAAAACAGCAAGAUAACUGAAGAACACAUAAUUCAUAACUUGGAUGGAUUUACGGUAGAAGAGGCAAUCAAUAAGAACAGGUUGUUUAUAUUGGAUCACCACGAUUCACUGAUGCCAUACCUUAGACGAAUUAAUACAACUUCCACAAAGACUUAUGCUAGUAGAACCCUACUUUUCCUUAAAGAAGAUGGGACUCUGAAGCCAUUGGCAAUCGAACUGAGCUUGCCAAAUCCUCGGGGAGAUGAAUAUGGAGCGGUUAGCAAGGUUUUUGUUCCAGCCGAACAAGGGGUUGGUAGGUCAAUCUGGCAACUUGCCAAAGCUUAUGCGGCGGUAAAUGACUCUGGCUACCAUCAACUCAUCAGCCAUUGGCUGAAUACUCAUACUGUAAUUGAGCCGUUUGUGAUUGCAACGAACAGACAACUAAGUGUUCUUCAUCCAGUUUACAAGCUUCUCCAUCCCCACUUUCGAGACACCAUGAAUAUAAACGCGCUUGCUAGACAGAUACUCAUUAAUGCAGGUGGCCUUUUAGAAGCAACAGUUUUUCCGUCCAAAUAUUCCAUGGAGAUGUCAGCUGUUCUAUAUAAGGACUGGGUUUUUCUUGAACAAGCGCUCCCUGCAGAUCUCAUCAAGAGAGGAAUGGCAAUUGAGGAUUCAAAUUCUCCACAUGGAGUUCGUCUCGUAAUUGAGGAUUAUCCAUAUGCUGUCGAUGGACUUGAGAUCUGGUCAGCAAUCAAGACAUGGGUUACAGAUUAUUGUUCUUACUAUUACAAGACUGAUGAAACCGUGCGGGAUGACUCGGAACUUCAGUCUUGGUGGAAGGAACUUAGGGAGAAAGGUCAUGGUGACAAGAAAGAUGAACCGUGGUGGCCUAAAAUGCAGAAUAUUUCUGAGUUAAUAGACACAUGUACUAUCAUUAUAUGGAUUGCUUCGGCUCUUCAUGCUGCAGUGAACUUUGGACAAUACCCUUAUGCAGGUUAUCUUCCCAAUCGACCGACUAUAAGUCGGAAGUUCAUGCCAGAAGAAGGCACUCCCGAGUAUAAAGAACUUGAAUCAGACCCCGAUAAAGCCUUCUUAAGAACAAUCACUGCGCAACUACAAACUCUUCUCGGUGUCUCGUUGAUAGAGAUUUUGUCAAGGCAUUCGUCUGAUGAGGUCUAUCUCGGCCAAAGAGACUCCCCUGAGUGGACUACAGACAAAGUACCACUCGAAGUGUUCGAGAAGUUCGGGAAAAAGUUGGCCGAGAUCGAAGAAGCAAUAACCAAAAGAAAUGAAGAUUUGACAUUGAAAAACAGAGCUGGACCAGUCCUGAUGCCCUACACUUUGCUGUAUCCAUCUGGUGAUGAAGGGCUCUCAGGGAGAGGAAUUCCCAACAGCACCUCCAUUUAAACCUCUUCUUUGAAUAAGGUACACAGAAGUGGCUAUUAUCAUUCACUAAAGUAUGGUAAAUUAUGUUCAAUAAAGUGCAGUAUGUUCAAUAAGUGUUUGAAGCAAUGAUAUUUUAGUAAAUUAUGUUAAAAUCAGGAAAGUAUGGCGAGAUUAUGACUCUAACAUUUCCUUGCAUCCUCGAUGAUGUGAUCUCGUUAGCUACUUGAUUUGAACUGCUUCAUAGAUUGACAACUA